AUGCGACGUGAUGACUUACGUGUCAAAAACUCAUCAACUGAACAAACUGCGGUCAGUCCAAGUUCAUCUGGAUGUGCCCUUACACCAAAAUUUGUCGCUGUUGAACCGCUGCAACUCAUAUUCGAACCCAACAAUAAAAUGUUACAAGCAAGCAUAAAAAUAACAAGUAUGAAUCCGAAUCGUAUAGCGUGGAGAAUUCGAACGAAUGCACCAACACGUUAUGUGGUUUUACCUACGAGUGGCUUCCUAACUGCAAAUGCAAAUGUUACUUCACGCAUAACACUGAUCGAUCCACGAAAGUACCAUCGUCGUCACCGUUUCAUGGUACAAGCGAUGGAAGCAAAAGAUAACGAAAAGGAUCGAAAGAAGAUUUGGGAUGAUGAGCGUGCAAUGAAAUUAGAUGUGGUACAGUCUAUCCGCAUUUCAACAUCUGAAACAUCCUCACUGAAAACAGCCGCCGGAAUUAGCAGCAGUACGAAAAGCCUAUCAUCAGUCUCAACGAACAAGGGUCAGCAGUUGUCUGAGUCAUCUGCGUCGAAUCUGUUGAAUGCAUCAACAAACAGCAGCACCAGUGAUUCGUCUGAGUCGUUACCUUUCGGUCCAGUGAGUGAUAAAGCGACGAAUGCACCUGCGGCCGACGAUUCGGAUUUUGACUGUGCACAAAAGAUUGAAGAACUUACUGAGAAAGUGAAAAUUGCUAUGAGUGAAAAAGUAAAAGAAAGCCAAAAACUGAUCGACGUUGUGAAUGAAGUCAAAAAAAUUGAAGUUGACUUGGAUCGAACCGGUGCACAGUGCAAGGACUACAACGAUAAAGUUGCCUAUGAAGAAGCACAAUGCAAAGUGAGCAUUUCCACUAAAAUGAUUCGCAUCGUUUGUUCAUUUUUCAAAUCCUUGAGUUCAAAAAAUCUAGAUGAGUGA